ACGGAGGUGUGGGGCUGAACCGAGUCCAGGAGGGAGGAGGGGUAUCGCUGUCAGUGGAGGCAAGAGGGAGUGCGCGCUGCAGGGUCGGCCCGCUAGCUGGAAUAGUUCCACAUUUCCUUCGUUACCCGUGCUCGUGAAGAAACAAGGGAGGGAUGGAUUCUUCCAACGAAGGACUGCUGCAAAGUGAUCCAGCACCCGAAGUGGGGGAAGAUGCAGCAGCAACUGCUGACUUGCGAGGUGGAUUGACGGAUGAAGAUAGAGAAGAACUGACCAAUGAACUUGCUAAGGUGGAGGAAGAAAUCCAAACACUUUCUCAAGUCCUUGCAGCUAAGGAGAAACAUGUUGCUGAGUUAAAGAAGAAGCUAGGAUUGACUCCACUACAUGAACUUAAACAGAAUUUGUCAAAAAGUUGGUUAGAUGUGCAAUCCUCCGUGGCAUUCAAGAAGACAUCUGAAACCCUUGCUCAAGCUAGUCAAAAAGCAUCUUCUGCAUUUACUAAUUUUGGUUCUGCCAUUACCAAAAAGUUUGAAGAUGUUAGAAAUUCACCGACUUUCAAAUCAUUUGAAGAUAGAGUCGAAAACUUAAAGUCUAAGGUUGCAGGCAACAAGGAAGGUGGUGGUGACUUUGGGAACAUUCUAAACUCUGCAGCAAAUGCAAGUGCCACAGAGCCCAUCACAGAAGAGGCAUCUGAUGUUCAAGAACCUCGUUAAUGCAGUAUUAAGUCCAACUCUCCUUUUUUUUACUCGUUGCAAAUAAUGGCAUUCUUCCAUCCACUUGUGCCCUUGUCUCAUAAUAUUGCGUUUUGUAUUUAACAGUUCACAAGGUCUGUGUGGCCCAAGGUUACUGUACUUUAAAAUUGCCCCAAUUGCAAAAAUUGUUGUUUUAGAUGGGACACUUUUUGAUAGAAAUAUUCUUAAGACUUGAAUGGUGAUUCAUUCCAAAGCCAUGUCUCACUUAAUACCACAGCGAAACCAUCUUGAUAUAUGGAAUAUUAAAUUGCAAUUGUUUUUCUGGGUGGGGGACUAUUUUGAAAUGUCCAGUACGAAUUGAUAACCAGCAAACCCAUAUUAUGGCUUAGCUUAAAAAUGAUGGUGUGCAUUUUAGUAUUAAUUGUCUAUUAAAGACAUUUGGAAGAUCUUUCUUGCUUCUGGAAGGUCUUAUUUGUUCCAUUUCAGCAUUGUAAAAUACAUUUGUAGGAGAAUACCAAAAAUUAGAAGUUAAUUGUGACACUCUUCAGACAUGGAAUUCUUCAAAUCUUCUGGCUACUUUUAAAAUCCUGUGCAGCUGGUUUCAUGUUAAAUACAUGGCAAAGUAUUUUCUUGUAGAAGGAAGGUGGUUAGCAAAUGUAUGUUUCUCAGUUUAGUGCACGUUGACAGUUGAGAAUCAGAGUUUUGGGUCUGAAUGUUAAAGACCAAAUGAAUGAAUGGCAUUGAUUUAAAGAUGUCAUGUUACUGCAUAUUUGAAAAUAUUUGAGGUUAAGAGUUCAGUGUUAUAAAUUGUAAAAUGGUAAUUUUUUGUUCAAACUAGAUGAAAUACUGUACAGUCAUAAAUAUCUUGGUGUGCUCUGUAACAAAGCAACACUUAAUAAAGAUUAGUAGAAGUG